UGGGUUUGGGGCUGGGUUUGCCCCUUUUCUCGGGUAUUUCGGGCACUUUGCUGUCAGCAGCAGCAGCUCUUUGCUGGCUGUUGCCACAGCCCCCAGGCUUAGUGGAAGGCAGAGCAUUUCCCUGAAGAAGCUGCUGAAAUUGCUCAUCCUGGCACUUACGAAUCACCUACAGAAGGCACCACAUGAGAGGUCCCGGCUGAGCUCAGGCACUGCUGCGAGGCUGAAGGCCACAGACCCUGGAUUUUAACAAAAACAGGCAAUGUUCGUUAGAAAGGUCUCGCAAAAUGAGCAAAAUUUGGGAUUUUCUGAAAAAGCAGAGUAGAAAGUAGCAAAGCAGAAAAAAAAAAAAUAGAAAACAACGAAGACAUGUACAUACUAUCCCCAGUUUUUAGGAGCUGGUAACAGGAAUUCCUCUCUCUGCAGGCACCAAAAUGCCAUUUCCAUGGAUCGUGCCCUCAGCACUUUGGUUGGUGCUGCACCUCACAGCAGGACCCUGCAGGAAGGGGGUGGUGAGCGCCAGCAGAGCCGCCCAGGUCUGUGCCAAGGGGACAGUGACAGCCAGCCCCUGCUGUGCCAUCCCUGGUGGCACCAGUGUCACCCUGUCCUGCCAGCUGACGGCUCCCAGGGGCUGCUGCUGGGCAGGGAUUUUCCUCAACAGCUCCGAGCAGGUCCGAGCCCAGGGAGGAUGGGUGAGCAAAACCUUCCUGCUCACUGCCCACGGCAGGCACAGCUUCAUCUGCAAGUGCAUCUGUGGGGACAAGAGAAACAUCGUCUGUGGGAUCGAUAUCCACUGUGGAAAUCCUCCAGACGAGCCCAGGAACGUGUCCUGCAUCCAGAAGGGGACACGGGGACAUGCCACCUGCAGCUGGCACAAAGGCAGGCUCACCUACCUCCACACUGCCUACGAGAUAGAGCUCUCCAACGGCACCGAUGCCUUUUCCUUUCCAGAGGAAACUCCCAGUCAGGAUUUUGGCUCUGGGGCUCUGAGCAAGCUGGAUUUUGACUCCAAUUACACCGUGGUGGUUUCUGCCUCCAAUCCAUUGGGAAAUGCCUCUUCCCAGCCACUCACCUUCAUGCUGAUAGACAUAGUGAAGCCACACCCUCCCGAAUUCUCGGUGGAAUUUGAUGAUUCCUCUGCCACCAGCUGCACCCUUUGGUGGCACGAUGAGGCACCAGCACAGCACUACAGGCUGAGGUACCGUCCCCUCGGCAGGCACGGCUGGAGCACGGUUGAGAGCUUCAGCAGGGAGAAAUAUCAUCUCCAGGGGCUGGAGCCCGACACAGCCUACGAGUUCCAGCUGAGCUGCAGGAUCCUGCCCGGCCGGGGGCUCUGGAGCGACUGGAGCAGCAGCCAGGGCAGCACCCCAGCAGCAGUGCCAAGAGCGACCCUGGAUGUCUGGUACCGGCAGCAGGAGCUGGACUCUGGGCACCAGAACCUCUCCCUGUUCUGGAAGGCUCUGAGCAGGUCGGAGGCAGGAGGGAGAAUCCUGGGCUACACCGUGACCUUGGAAGCCCUGGAGCAGGAGAAGCUGCCAGCACAAUCCCACCGGACCACCCAGACCAGCUUCUCCAGGGUCACCCCCAGGGCGGCCCACAGGGUGACGGUGACGGCCCAGAACCCGCGGGGCAGCUCGGUGCCCACGGCCGUGCUGACCCACCUGGGCAGCCCAGAUCUGCCCCCUCCCCAGCGGGUCUCUGCCGUGGGCCUGGGGAACAGCAGCAUCCUGGUGAGCUGGAGCCCCCCAGCUGGAGCUGCCCUGCCCGUUGGGGGCUACGUGGUGGAGUGGGCAGAGCCCUGGAGGGAGCCUGGCCUGCAGCCCCAGCAGGGCUGGGUGAAGCUGUCCCCAUCCCAGCUGUCCACUGUCAUAGCAGAGCACAUCAGAGAUAACCUCUGCUACCAGAUCCACGUGUCUGCACUUUAUCAGGACAGAGCUGGGCAGGCAGCUUCAGUCAGGGGAAACUCCACAGCACAAGCCCCAUCAGCUGGGCCCCAGAUGUUCGCAACCCCCUGGGCCAGCGGUGUCCUGGUUUCCUGGGAGGAGAUCCCAGCCCCCCAGCAGAGGGGCUGCAUCACUGGGUACCACAUCUACCUGCACAGGAGGGAUGGGCAGGGCCAGCCCGAGGUCCACGCCGUUCCUGCCGGGAUUGCCCCUCGCUCCCUGCACGUCCCUCACCUGGAGCCGGACCAGCCCCACGACAUCUGGAUGACAGCGGCGACAGCGGCCGGGGAGGGGCCCCGGGGCAACAGCGACAGCGUCUGCCUGGAGAGUGCUGGGGGCUGGGUGACUCUGGUGAUCAUCUGCAGCUUCUUGGUCCUCUCAGCCUGCCUUUGUUCUGUGCCUCCAGCGAGGAGAGUGUUCCAGUGGCUCCUGUCCCUCCUCCUGCCAGAGUGGCAGAGCAAAGCCAUUCCCGACCCUGCCAACGCCACGUGGGCCAAGAGUUUAGCAGCUACCAAGGCCGAGCUGAGCGCUCCCUCCAGCCCCUUCCUGCCCUGCGGCCUCGAGGAGCCCGAGCCCAGCCCGGUGGAGGAAACCUCGGGGGCUCCCCCUGAGCCCCCCAUGCCCGGGGACAAGCUGGGGGUGAGCAGCGCUGGGCACGGAGACUGGGCACAGGAGAGCCCGGCCGAGGAGCAGCAGCUCCCGAAGCUGUACCAGAGGCUGGUGGGGGAGGAGAUGGAGCCCCCCGAGCCCGAGUACAUCUCCAACCCCGUCACCCUGUCCCCUGUCCCCGAGUACAUCUCCAACCCCGUCACCUUGUCCCCGGAGCCGGUUCCCGAGCACAUCUCCAACCCCGCCACCCUCUCCCCGGAGCCCGAGUACAUCUCCAACCCCGGCACCCUCUCCCCGGAGCCCGAGUACAUCUCCAAUCCCAUCACCCUGUCCCCGGUCCCUGAGCCCAUAUCCAACCCCGGCACCCUGUCCCCGGAGCCCCAGUACAUCUCCAACCCCAUCACCCUGUCCCCGGAGUCUGUCCCUGUCCCCGAGCCCAUCUCCAACCUCGUCACCCUGUCCCCGGUCCCUGUCCCCGAGCACAUCUCCAACCCCGCCACCCUGUCCCCGGAGUGUGUCCCCGAGCCCCAGUACAUCUCCAACCCCGGCACCCUGUCCCCUGUCCCCGAGUACAUCUCCAACCCCGCCACCCUGUCCCCGGAGCCUGUCCCUGUCCCCGAGCCCAUCUCCAACCCCAUCACCCUGUCCCCUGUCCCUGUCCCCGAGCCCGAGCACAUCUCCAACCCCGUCACCCUGUCCCCGGUCCCCGAGCCCAUCUCCAACCCCGCCACCCUGUCACCGGAGCCCCAGUACAUCUCCAACCCCACCACCCUGUCCCUGUCCCCGGUCCCUGUCCCCGACCCCCAGUACAUCUCCAACCCCACCACCCUGUCCCUGUCCCCGGUCCCUGUCCCCGAGCCCGACCCCAGCCCCUUCUCCCCCUUCCCGACCGCGUUCCUGCCUCCCGCCCCCUCCUGCCGGGGGAAUCUGACUUUGGACCGAGUGAAGCUCAGCGGCAGCUCCUUCCCGAGCUAG